AUGACGGAUCCGGAUCUUCAGGAAUCGGGUUGGGAGGAACUGCGAAAGGAAGCGAGGAAGGUCGAGGGUGACAUUGAAGUCAAGUUGUCUUCUUACGCUAAGCUCGGUGCUAGGUUCACGCAUGGAGGCUAUGUAGAUAGCGGGUCACCUCCUCUUGGGUCCAGUAGGUCAUGGAAGUCUAUGGAAAUGGAAAUCCAAUCCUUGCUUGAGAAACUAUUGGACAUAAAUGAUUCAUUGAGCAGAUGUGCUGCAUCUGCUGCACAAACUACUUCUACAGCUCAAAAGUUGGCUAGGCAUAGAGACAUUCUUCAUGACUUUUCUCAGGAAUUUAGGCGUAUCAAGGGGAACAUAAAUUCAAUGAGGGAACAUGCAGAGCUUUUGAGUUCAGUCAGGGAUGAUAUUAGUGAUUAUAAGACUUCUGGAGGUUCCAUGUCACCAAGGAUGCAGUUACUACGUGAGAGAGGUGCCAUCCAUGGAAGUAUAUCUCAUAUAGAUGAUGUAAUCAGUCAAGCUCAAGCAACAAGAGCUGUCUUGGAUUCUCAGCGGACAAUGUUUGGUAAUGUUCAAGGAAAAGUGAAGCUUCUCGGUGACAAGUUCCCCAUUAUUCGUAGCCUGCUUGGUUCCAUAAGAAGGCGGCGCUCAAGGGACACCCUUAUUCUAUCAGCAGUUAUUGCUGCUUGUACGUUGUUUCUAAUUAUUUAUUGGCUCUCAAAAUAGCCAAUGUAUUUUGGGUUUUGAAAUAUAUACUAUAGUGCACUUAUCCAUUGAAAUUAUCUAUUUAGAUACCUUUUCAUUUGUAUAUGGCUGGACUUAUUUUGUUUCAAACAAAUGCUUGUAUUAUUUUGGAAUUUGGUAUAGACUAAAAUGAUUUAGAGUUUGUGUUUUGUCAACACUAGCUAAUUAAAUUUAACUUACAAUUGAGUUUGUA